AUGUUAGUAUGGCUAAGAUUGACAUUAAUGGCACUGUUAUUACAGUACUCUUGUGCGCAGUAUCCUUACUGUUCAAAAGUUACCGAACCACCAAAAUACACUAUUCAGUUCGAUUUUUCUACGCCUGCAUACGAUGAGGACGAGACAGAUGGUACUACACAAUCGGACACUGAAGGCUCAAAUACUUACACGACAAUGUAUUCCACAACAGCGAAUGACCAAUCAUCAUCGACUGCUCAACAAGAAACAGAUGAAAGCAGCACCAUUUCCGUCGAAAUGACUUCGCGCGAACCCUCCACAUUGAAUGACUAUACAGUCAGCUCAGAAUUAUUCACUUCUGAAGAAAAUGCGGGAUCUACAUCGGAUGAGAUUUCAACUCUGGAAGCAACUUCCACUUCAGGAACAACACAAGAUAUAGAAUUUACACAGAGCAGUGCUUCACAAACUGAAACCGAAACGGAAGCAUCUCCAUCUGAAACAAACUCUUAUGACAUAUCCACUUCUGUGGAUUCUAUGACAAUUGAGAUUUCAUCUAGCACUGCAGCAAGCGAAUCAACCGAAAACGAAAUUAGCUCCACAGUGGCAGAGUUGAACUCAACCUAUGGAGACACCACUAUCGGUGAACUGACAUCAGAGGGGCUGAGUGAAAGCACGGCCUAUUCAUCUACUAUAGCUGGAGAUACGGUUUCAUCAGAAUAUUCCGAGACAGUUGCCUUGACAGAAACUUCUACCGCUGUUCAAACUGCAUCGGAAGUUACGGAAAUGGCAUCAUCGGAAAAAGAGGCCUCUUCAACUAACGAUGCUGGACAGUUCGAACAGACGAAUUCCGCUAGCGACGUAACUGAAGGUGGUUCUCUAGAAACCACUGAUUCGUUGUUCACCUCACAGGCGGAUAUCUCAACAUCAUUAGAAACCGAUACUGAAGAUACAUCAUCGCCAAGCUACACAGUUGAGAUAACAUUACCUACGAGCACAGAAGGAAGCGAGACCAGUGCAACAGAAGAGACAGAGGCCGAUACCCUCUCAUCAAGUUCAGAUGAAUCCACUGAUAUGGCCACAUUCACGUCUGCUAGGGCAGAACCAACGGAAGUUUCAACAGACGGUGGACAUAUGACAGAAAGUGAAGGAUCCUCGGUGAGUGAGGUAGUAUCCACAGCCGCCUACUCAGGAACGAACAAUGCUGCUUUCACGACUGCCGUUUAUUCUGCUGUGACCGCCACAGCUUCUACUAUAAACGGAGCUAGCUCUACAGUAGAAAGUUUGUCUUCGCAAUCACCUACAGAAACAGAGCUAAGUACAGCAAACUUGGAUGAGAGUACUCCAGGACCUACAAAUAUUCAAGAAACUACAUACAACUCUAUCUCCACUUCUUCUGACGAGAUGACGUCAGCAGGGCAACAGGAUACAAGUGGUACCGACAUCUCAUCAGCUUUACCCAUUAACGUUACCUCAGACACUUUUUCUUCAACAGAUGCCAGUGGUGAAAGUACUGUCAUGACAGUCACGGUCGAACUUUCGUCUCAGCCGACCUCACCUGACUAUCUCACAUCAGUUGCCGAGCAAAGCACGAUUACUGACUCGGAAUCGCAGACGAGUACGCCGCAAUCUGGUGGAAGCGACUUCACCAAUCAGAUGACCACAACAUCAUUGGAGGAAUCUGAAAAUAGUGACACAGUGGCUUCAUCAACUCCAGCAGAUGAAGAAAUAAUAACUACGAUUCCUACUACUGUAAUCACAACGAGUACUACCACACAGACAACCUCGACUACACCUUCUACUACCACCACACCAUUAUAUGCAAAUAUCAGCACAUCAACCAUAACCACAACUACUCCUACGGUAGUAACGAAUGCUACACAGACAGCCACUCGUACGACUACCACAAUUCGACCCACAACCACUACGACAGCAACAAGUGCGACCGAGUCAAGUACUCGUACAACAUGGAACACCACCACCUCUAUACCUGCUCGCUCAACAACAACCACUAAAAAUCUUCCUGAAACUACAACAACAGCUGGAAGGAUCACAAGUCAACCCAUCUACACUACAACUGUCGAGAUGAUACCACCAUGGAAUAUUAGUAGCUCUACUGUCACUACUACUGUCACGACACAAUCAACGAGACUUCCCACAACCACCGCUACAUUGCCGUCAACGUCCUCGUCGACUAUUGCUCCCAUUACUAGUACUACAACUUUAGUGACGACAUCUCACACGAUGCCAUCUACAACAGUUUCCACGACGACUACAACAGUAGCCCCUGCAACUUCUGGAGCGAGCGGCUGUACUGAUGGCUAUCGCCUCGUUCAAGCAAAUGCAGCAGUUUCUUCCGCUGGACCAGGAAAGUUUGGUGGAUUCUUCACAUAUGUAACUUCUUGUGCUGAGCUAUGCGCCAAGAAUUACGGACUAGUACAAUGCAUUGGAUUCGCUUAUGAACCCGAUAAUCGAGGUAAAUGCACCUUGUACCAACGAUUAAUGGGUACAGUACAAAGCAGUCCAGGAAGUAUGGCAAGCGUUUACGCCAAAUGUUAGGGGAUAUGCUACGGACCUAUAGGCAAUUGCUAGACUCAUCUACAUGAUCCAGCUUUUCAUUGUCACUUACUGAAUAUUUCAGCAUACACCAUAUGAUAAAUGUUGAUGAAGGAAAUCACUUAAAAUGUUUUAGAGAAACUUCCAUCAUAC